AUGUAUGAUAACUACAGAAAUCCUCAUCCUCCUGGGAUGCAGAUACCCCCACCAAACCCUCAGCCUGGUCCCUAUGACAAUCCAUUGUAUGGUGCUAGCUUGGGCCUGAUUAAAACUGGGUUAGGAGUAUAUGGGGAGAAGUUCCUCGGCUCCAGUUCAGAAUUCAUGCACAACAAUAUCAGUAGAUACUUCUCCAACCCACAGUACUACUUCCAUGUGAAUGAUCAGUAUGUCAGGAACAAGUUGAAAGUCAUAAUGUUUCCGUUCCUUCACAGGGGGCACUGGACUCGGAUAAGUGAGCCUAUGGGUGGCCGGCUGUCCUACAAACCUCCGAUGUACGACAUAAAUGCGCCAGAUCUGUACAUCCCUUUCAUGGCGUUUGGUACCUUCAUUAUUAUUGCAGGCUUCACACUGGGCUUCAUGGGAAAUGAGUUCACUCCAGAAGCCAUAAACCUUCAGUUCACAAGAGGAUUGAUCGGAUGGGGCCUACAAAUCGUCGCCUUGAAGACGGCCUUGAAUUUGGCAUAG